ACAUGAAAAUCUCACUUUUUACAAUAUGGGACCUUUAAGUAGAGUAUGCUACUUGAGUAGGCUAAAUGUAUUUAUAGUGACAUUCCACUACUGGUUUUUGGAUGCACCAUAACCCUCCACUGUAUGGAUAGUUUAUGGGAUGUAUUCAGACUCUCUGUGUAUCAGUGCCCUCUGUCUGUCUGUGCUCAGUUCACGGCCAGUAGUUGAUAGUAGCUCCACAGUAGUGAACGUGAAGCGAAUCCUCAGAUGAACUCUCGGUGGAGGCCCGCCGGUGGCCCGGUAGGAGAGCCUCAGUAGUGCAGCAGCAGCUGCUGCGGCUUUAAGCCCGUCGUUUGGGAUGGGCUGGAUUCAUAACGUCAUUUCACUCCUCUUUCUUUUAUUCUUCGCCCCCUCAUCUCCUUCCCUCUCUCCAAAUGACACCGUCCCCCGUGCUUCGUUACACCUCCGGCCAUGCCCGCCACAGAAUGAUUAUUCUGAACUUUUCUCUCGGUGUUUUUCUCCCUGCGGAGCAUUUUUCCGGAGCCUCAACUUUUCUGGCGUGUCAUCAUUUCUGGAGUUAACGCGGCAGAGUCAUCCGAGGCGACCGGAGCUCUCUCUCUCAUAUCUGGAGUCUUCAACAACACACAGGCCAGGAAAUGCAGCGUUUUCUCUCUAACCCGGAGCUACCGCUGCUCCACUGACUCAGCGGGGGGAGAGCAAGGAGACAUGUGCAGGAAGAGAGAAAUGGCGAGCCUCGGGAUGUCUCUAAUGUUAACGCGAAGCCUGCUCUGAUUCAGCUGCUUCUUCUUCUUCAUCAACAUGAUGUUUUCUCCUCUCUCUCUGUCUCAGGAUGAGUUCCAUCCGUUCAUUGAGGCUCUGCUGCCCCAGGUCCGUGCCUUCGCCUACACAUGGUUCAACCUCCAGGCCAGGAAAAGGAAGUACUUCAAAAAGCAUGAGAAAAGGAUGACUAAAGAAGAAGAGAGAGCGGUCAAAGACGAACUGCUGGGGGAGAAGGCAGAGGUGAAACAGAAGUGGGCCAGCCGUCUUUUGGCCAAGCUAAGAAAGGACAUUAGACCUGAAUGCAGAGAAGACUUUGUCCUGUCAAUCACUGGGAAGAAAGCUGCGUGUUGUGUCCUGUCAAACCCUGACCAGAAAGGCAAAAUGAGACGCAUAGACUGUCUCCGACAAGCUGACAAGGUUUGGAGGUUGGACCUGGUGAUGGUCAUCCUGUUUAAAGGAAUCCCGUUAGAAAGCACAGAUGGAGAGCGCCUGGUGAAGGGAGGCCACUGCUCCAAUCCAAUCCUCUGUGUCCAGCCUAGACACAUCUCUGUCUCUGUCAAAGAGCUGGACCUCUACCUCGCUUACUACGUACAAGAGAGAGAGGCAGAGCAGAGCAGCAGUCCCAGUCGUACAGGAGUGGGCUCUGAUCAGGAGGACAGUCGAACCGCCACCUUGGAUGGUCCAGAGUUCCAGGACAGUUUUGUGACAUCAGGAGUUUUCAGUGUCACCGAGCUGGUCCAUGUCUCAAGAACUCCAGUAGUCACAGGAGUAGGACCUAGUUUCUCUAUGGGGGAGCUCCAGGGCCAUCUGGCCUACGACCUCAACCAGUCUGUCAACCAGCCAGUCAGCCUCAGACGAUCACUGGCCAGCACCUCAUCCAGCGGGAGUAAGCGUCAUAAGUCUGGCUCUAUGGAGGAAGAGGCUGACAGUCCAGGAGGGGAGUAUUACCACUCACCUUCCUCUCCUGCCAGCAGCUCCAGGAACUGGACUGAUGACAUGGAAGGAGGUCUGUCUCCUCCAGUGAAGAAGACAGAGCUGGACAGUCCCUCUCCCCAGGAAGACUCCCCAAGACUGGGAUCCUUCACUCAGCACCACCGGCCAGUCAUAGCUGUUCACAGUGGCCUGUCUCGGAGUCCCCACCCCUCCUCAUCUAUUCAUUUCCCGCCCUCGUCCUACUUCCCCCACGGAGCAAUCCGCUACCCUCCUCACCUGGCCCAGGACCCCCUAAAGGAUCUGGUCUCACUGGCCUGCGACCCUGCCAAUCAAACCCCCAGCUCACUGAAUGGCAGCAACCAGGUUAAAGUGCCCAGCCACUACAUCUCCUCUCAGAUGCUGGCCCCCCCUGGACCUGCUUCCUCCCUGGCUCCUCCUCCAUCCUCCCUCCCCAGGCCGACGCUGCCUGCAGAGUCAAAGGCCACCACCACCUCCUCUGAUGGGGGACCAAACUCCCCCACAUCACCCACAUACUCGGCCCCCGGGACACCCCCUGCCAAUCGCACCUCCUUCAUUGGAGUCACCCCUCGAGACCCAGGUGGACUCUACCAAGCUCAGUCAUGGUAUCUGGGCAACUGAGUGAGUUCUGGAGGAAAGGGGAUUGCCAUAGCAGUACUGUCCUGGAGGAGAGGAAACAAUGUUGUCAAGACAUCGCCAGAGGAAAAAUAUAUUCAUCUUUGUAGAAGCAUAACACGUGGUCAUACAUAUAUAUAAAUAUAUAUACAAUGAGAUAUAUUUCUAUAUUUGUAUGAACCCAGAAGAGACAGCCUGGAUGGUCGGAUGGAGAAGGUCAGCCACAGAAUGAACUACGUGACACUAAAUAGUUCUCCACAAAUGGCCACUGAUGACGCGAGAUGUGAUUUUCAAGUGAAAGCAAUGGAAGCGAUGCAGAUGGUCCGGUUGGUCUAGAGAUGAACUGCAGACCAGAACCAGGCCUCAACACGCCGGAUCCUAAGAAGCCUGUAACCCAACUGUUUUCCCAGGAUGAGGCCGCUUUCCCUGGAAUGGAUGUCAGCCUUUACCCCUGUACCCCGGGUCUCUACACUAAAUCCAGUAUAAGGCCUCCUCCCUGGGACAGACAUAGCCCUCAUCCCCCCCCCCACACACACACCCCACCCCCUCUACACCCAGAAUGCCCCUCUCCGCUGCAGGUGCUGCUUAUAAUAUAUGCAAAUAAGCCUCCCUUUUUUUUUUUUCCUGAACCGACUAGAAAGAGAGAUCCUGUUGUAUGUAAAGUUUCUUUGCACUUUUUAAAUGUGUUAUCGAUGCGACUCCGAGUCGAAACAGAGCAGUUUUUUUUCUCUCUUCCCACCAAAAGACAGAGGCUUUGUCUUUUUUAUUGACAAUCAUCGGCCUGAAACCAUUACGUUGCUUUGCUAAGCUCAUGUUUUUAAGACUGUUUUGAUUGUGCUUUUUUAUCAGAAGACAAUGAGUAAUAGUGGAAUAUAAGAGCUAUAUUCAUACACACGAUGCUACAGUUGGACACCAGUGUAGAGUUAAGCCCAGUGGUAUCAGGAGGGGGGACAUCUUCUUAUCUUGGAUACCCUUCAGAUGCUGAUCAUUUUGCCACGGCAGUACUUAUCCAAAACAGCCAAAAGGCACAGUGUUUGGAGGAGUCGUGCAUCUGCAGCAAAGAAACAGCCGCUAGCCGCACUAGAACCAGGAUCACGUGGCAGCACAGACUGCAGUAAACUGGCUGUUGAGCUCAAUGGGUUUGAAACUGUAGCAUGGUGCUGUGUAUGUGUGUGCGUGCGUGUGUGUGUGUGUGUGUGUGUGUGUGUGUCAGAUUGUGAAUAUGGUUCCUGCAUUUCCACACUCAUCCCUGCUCUGUUUUGAUGAGAUGUUGACGUGUCUCAGAGAACACAGCGGCGGGAGUUUGUACUUGUAUGUAGGUAGAUUAGAAAGAGAUAUAGCAGGCAUUGCACUAUGAUUAUUUUAACCAUGUGGCCACGUUGCCAAGCUGGCUGGCUGUAUUGUGUUUUUCUCGAUGGUUAGGACGGCAGGUCAUGUGCAUGCUGACUUGAACUGAGCACAAAAUCCAGGUUUCUUGUCCAGCUCCUGGAGCGGGUAGUGGUCUGGAAGGUGUCUCGACCCCGACCCCGACCCGACCAAUCUGUGGAGGAACAGUAUCAGAAGGGUUUGGGUUGAGGUUAGGACAGGUUAGGCACAGUUGCUAGGUUUGGUUUCAAGUCUAACCUUGAUGGUUUAGCACCGGCAACAAGCAACAAAAUCAAGCAUUUCAAACAAGUUUGCUUGCUUUUCCGCGUCCAACCCUGACACUAUAUUUGCAUUAUGACAGUGAGGCAAAGCACUAUUCUGGCUUUUCGCAGCUUAAUUUAGUCAAUAAUCUUUUUUGAAAGAUAUUUAAUAGCUUCAAAUAUUACAUGCUGCAUUUUAACUUCGUCUUAAACAUUUGACAAGCUUAGCGUUUUGAUAGAAUCCUAACGAACGUUAGUCCCUAUCCGCAGUAAUGACGACAUCUCAGAACCACCAAGAGCGAGAUGUCAGUUUUAAGGGAUAGCAAACAGCCCAGUCUGUGUGUAGAUGUCAAAGAUCUGAAUGCAGAAUCAAAUUAUAAAAGAUAUCAUUAUUGAUAUUUGUCUGUAAAAUCCAAUGCAUACUCCAAAUGCAACCGUAGUAGAACAUGUGCACCCUGGCCUUUUUUGCCGUUUCGUACACCGUCUCUCUGGAGAUGAAAAUGAGAUUUUUAGGGACUAAUAUUUUAUAAUCUGUGCCAUAUUUGAAUCUCCAAAGUUUUGCAGCUAUAAAGCAGUCUAUUGAGAUGUGUUGCCUGGGGAUGUGGAUUGGUGUUUCUGUGUUGAGGUGCGAUCAGAUUGAAAGGAAAGCGAAUUUUUGCCUGGCUUUUAUUCACAUGAAUUUGACCGCUGGAGUGUUCCUGCAGUCUGAAGAUGUUGCUCCGUGAUUUGGUCACUUUGUGUUCCCUGCUGCAAAGAGCAGGGGGAAAGCCUGACCAUUCUUAUUUUACUUGUAUUACAGCAGCGGUCCCACAGCUGUCUUCUAUCUGCCCCGGAGAGAUUAAAUGUUUUCUAAAGGGGCGAAACCAAAGUUUAAAUGCAAUAUUUCGGAUCACCGGUGCAGUCUGAGCGAACCUAAUGUGCACCCAGUAAAGAGUAGAGCAGCGUUGCACAGUCAGUGGAGAUAUCAGGAUUCACUCCGGGGAAAGUAUGUAAUUGUUCCGGGUAGAAAGGAGACAUCGGUGGAAGAUGCAACCCACUGUAGUAAAAGAUAAUGUUUCGACUGAGGUUCACAGUAACAUUCAGAGUGCGUGGUGAGGUCACAACCAGUGAACCAGCUGUACACAGCCUCACUAGCUGGCAACGUACGCACCAGCCAUGUGUGCUGAGACUGGCUGUGUGUUUGGAUGACAGCUCAGACUCACCGGAAACGGUUCGGUCUCUAUUUUACUCUACUACUAUUUUUUCCCCUUUUUUUCGUCUCUUUGUUUCUUUUUAAAUGUUUGCGUCAAACUGUAAUGGAAUAAGUGUUUUUUAGCAUCUCCGCGUAAUAUUGCGCUGCCUAGAAUUAGCAGCAUUUUCGUCGACUCGGCACGCAGUCGGGCCGCGUCUAAAAUUCGGUUUGCAUUCAUUCUGAUCACAGGUGUCUUUUCCUUUUCCUUUCCCAGGGUUCGGGGUUAAGUGUCUGUGUCUACUAGGGGUUCAGAUUUUAUACCGAAGGUGCUGGGUUUUGGUAGGGCGAGGUUUAAGGUUUGGUUAAAGUUGGCUUAAAGCUGAUGUAUACUGCAUGGUGCUGCCCCGGUCGCUGUGUUGACCUAAUGAAUGCAUGGCUCAAACUGAUGAUACCUCUCCCUCUCUGUCCUCCUCCUCCUCUUCCUCCCCUUCCUCCCUCUGUACUCUGUAUUACAUCAGACAGCAGUGGAUUGAAGGGCUGUCUAUUUCUUUAGAUUUGAAUAAUAGCCCUGUUAUUAAACUUCUAUUUUGCACGAUAUUUCAUAAAACACAUUAUGUGCCUUGCCUUUAGUUAAAGAACAAUAAUACAUUAUGGGAAAGUGAUAUACUUUUCAUGGUACAGCUGGUAGCACUUAAAAAAAACAACGACAAAAAAAGCUGCAUGUGUGAUUGCUUGACAUUAACCAGUGUAGCGGGUACACAGUUUUAGGUUAAACAGCCGCAGUGGAUGAACUGCGAGCUUUCCUUAGCUUCAGCAGAGGCUUAUCCUCUGCCACCAUCCGACUAAAGACAGCACAUUUAUUACAGUGGAAGAAAAAGUCUGACAUUUUGGGAAUUACAGUUGUUUGCCGUCGUACUCAGAGUCACAUGAGAAGGACGAUAUCUCGUUCAUCCCGCCGUCCAGUAGCGUACACACAGUAUAGACAUGUUAAGCUUAGCUUCGCAGAGAUAAACACAUCCCAACCAUUACCCCUAUUAUCUGAACUCAAGGUCCAUUUACUACCUUUGUCCACUGCGUUCAACCACAUCUCACAGGUUUCAUCAGCUGAUUGAGGCCCAGACACACCAAGCCGACAUCAGUGAACUAGAGACGAUGAAGGACGACUGUUGCGUCGCCUCACGUCGCCUUUGUCUUGGUGAAAACGUUGCAUUUGAACACACCGCAAAGACUACAGCCGAUGGCACGCUGAGUUAAGAUGAUUUUGGUUUUCCGAGGUCAGGAACCAACUGGACACAUAGAUGUGUUUGUCAUCUUAUUCUGAGGAAAACUAGAAAAGAACUGUAGCGCCCAAAAUGUUGGACUGUUCCUUUAAGUGUUGAUUUUUCAAAGCCAUCAACGGUGUUGGUUGCACUCAUAGAGCUGAUCUGGUUCAGCAGCUCAUCUGUUUAAAGCUGACAUGUUGGCUGAUAGGUGUGUGUGUGUGUGUCUGUGUGUGUGUGGGCAUUGACAGUGUUGCUGUGUGUGACACGGUGAUGAACUAGACGUGUGUUGUCCCAAAAUGUGGACACCAGCGUGUUGUGAGUGAAACACUAUCGUAGACCACAUCACGGCUACCUAGACGGUUCUGCCUAAAUGUUCACAAUACAAACAAAAGCCAUUUUCAGCUCCGUCACCCUGUUUUAAUAUCAAGUAUGAAAUACAUGCACACACACACAUUGAUAGUAUUUAUUGCAGGGAAAAAGUAUCUGAUCUAAUGGAAACAUGUUCAACAGGUUCAGCAGCUCUCUGACUGACUGACCACUACAACACCGUCCCUUUGCCCAUACCAUGACUUUGACCACGUGACCAAUCAUGUGACAACAUACUACAAAUCUGAGUUUUAUAUGGAUGCAUGACACUAUUCUUACUUAACUCGGCUUUUAGGUUAUUUUUAUUGAGUUGUUAUUAUUACGUUGCUUGUAGCAUUAUAGCUUUAAACACAACAGUGUGUGUGUAUAAAUAUGUACAACAUGGACUUACCAGUCAUAAAAAAGGAUGUAUAGAAUGUUGAAGUCUGUUGUGUUUGUCGCAUUUUAUUUUGGCUCUCUGGUGGCCGAGCCGCAGAGUAAGGGACCCAUGAAAUGGGGGAAAUUGUGGGUGGGCUGCUAGUGAAGUUUAUCCAUGUGAGGGAUGAUGAACGGUUGAUUGUUGUGGAAGAGAGAGACAAUCUUGGAAGUCACGUUAAGGUGUAGUGAACUAGAAUGCAUAUCUCCGCUAAGGCUGCACAAUGACUUAUUUUAAUAACAGUAGAAAAAUCCGACACUGGUUCAGAUUCAAGUAGGGUUGGAGCCGAUGGAUGUCACGCUGAUAGCAACGUUUUUAGGAUAAUAUUGGGGCUUUGAAUGGGAGCUGUACAACGGGGGGUCUCUUCUGUCAUAAAUAUUGUAAGCCAAAGUGAAAAGUGCUUUGUGAAUGACCACAUGGUGGCGCUGUUCUUCCAGCUACAUACCUGAAACUUCAAUGUUAUUUGUUCAGAACCAGAGCUAAUAGUUCACUACUGAAGACCGAGAUUCAUAGAUACAAGGCCAAGUAGUAAUUACAAGUUAAUGUUCGCACUCCCUCUUUCAAUCAAAGAUAUUUUGGCUGUAAUAAUGUCCUAAAUAAUAUGACCAUGGCGAUACAUCCAGAACUGUGUAACCAGCAGCACCAGGUAUGAAGCUGGACCGUGGUACUCAACAUGGCAGCAGGAUACAGGCUAUUACUGCCUGUUAGCAAAUGCACAACAGGAACCUCUGGGGCCUCAGUCAGGAAACAAUAAGUCACUUUUAGAUUGGAGUCAGGCAGGACAGAAUGGAGGACAACGAAAGUUAGUUAAAAUUUAAGAGGGAGUGGACACAAUAACACCAAAAUCGGUUCAGUAUAACAGCCGACUGUACGACCCAAUUCAGCUACGCUAAACAUUUAAAUCACCUCUCUCACUCAAAGGAAAAAAAAGAAUACUAUAUGAUGUGCAAAGGUUAUGUAUGUUAUACUGCAGUGGCUUUGUGGUUGUUUCCCCUCCAGCUGAUGAAGUUGCACGUUGUACUUUAGGAAUCGUACCACUGCUUCACAUCGUCUACCAGAAGCUAUACCUGGAGUGCAAAUUCUAAACCUUAAAGGGAUAGUUUGGGUGUUUCUCAGUGGGGGUUGUAUGAGCUACUUAUCCAUAGUCAGUGUAUCACCUACAGGAGAUGGCUGGAGAAACAGAGACAUGAGUACCAGCAGGGAGGUUCCCCACCUCCAGUGGACAGUGUGGUAGAAUAACGUGUGAGAAAGUAGUACACAUCAGCUCAGCCUCUCAUGCUCAGACAUCGUGCUCUCCUCGGGGUCAAACAACGUCGUUAUGCAAACGUAUCACUUUCUCUGCUCUGUUCAAAUAUACCAGCAGGUAAACGGCAUGGAAAACGGAUCUCAACAAGCAGUGCCUAUCAUUUUACUGCUAGUUUUGUGUUAUUUUCUAUGCUGUGCUUUGUGCAGUGUGUGUUGUGUUCAAACACCGCAUGGUCGUGUGACACACUCCAGCCCCGGGGGGUUGGUGCUCAGUACUAGCAGGGUAACAAGCCAUAAAAAUAACCCAAAGAGUCGAAGAACAUCUAGAGGAAACUAUAGAGACUGUAGAUAAUGUUCAGUGGAGUUGUGGUUGGUGGGGUUACGUUCAGGGACUAAAGCUGUGUCCCCAGUUUCGCCUCCUUUCGAGGGGUUGCACUAGAAAAAAGGCUGUCCCCUUCCUGAAGCAGCUAAAAGUGCGGUGAUGCCGCCUCACAAAAAAGGUUACCAAAGAGACAGAGUAUGGAACAAAUCAUCAACUUAAUGCUAAUUAAUGAUUAGUUAACAUUUAUUUCCUGAAUCGCGUCGAAGCAUUAGCAGUGGCGAUCCAGCGAUGAGGUCCUUUAUCGGUUUUAUCUUUAGCUCAGCUUACUGACCUCACAGAAGACAUUUUGGCAUGUCACAGUUCAAACUCAUUAGGUGUAACUAAUGGUGCCUUCAAAUGGGGUCGUGUUUACCGUGUUCACGCUAAGAGUCCAUAUGAACGCCCCCUCCCCCACCCCCCCUCUUGUGGUAUUCACGACCUCGUAAGUGGAACGUUUCUCAAAGAGUUGUCAGAAAUGGCGGAGGCCUUGGAAGUUCAUGUUUCGGUACAUAAUAAGUUAAUAUAUCUCUGCGUCUGUGGCUUCUAGACGCCGACAGUAACGUUAAUAUUGUCGUUGCUUAGCAGCGAGGUGUUCUCAGGACUUAACCACUUGAGCGCCAAGCAUAUCGUGUAAACGACUUCCCGCGUUGUAAACACAAGCUCAUGAGUUUAAUUUGAAGGCACCAUUCUAAAAUGAACAACGGCUAAAUUCCAUUUAGCUGCUUCAGUUUCAGGGUCCCGGUAUUGUGCAUACGGCUCACUGUCUUGGCUGGGAGCCGUUAUUAAUGUUCUCAAUAACACCUGUGAUAUUCCUGCUAUGACAAGUCAAAAGAUCUACUGUGAAAAAAGGCCUGCUGCUGACAACAUAGAACUGAUCAAUACAUUAUUAAAACACACAUAUUAGGAACUGUAUAAUACUUUGUUGCUCAUGCUGAGUUGUUACGUGGAACGCAUCUUUUUUUUGGGACAGAGAAGACAGGAAUAAAGAGAGGAGGGGAACGACAUGCAGCAAACAGAGUAGACUGGCUGCUCGGGGUAUUUGCGUGGUGGAUGCACUCGACUUUCGGGUUGCCCCACUUGAAAUGCAUCAUUACUUGGUCAUUAAUUCACCAUUAAUGACCAUUUUUGUCAUUGUUACUUAGAAGA